AAGAGAUCCCUAAAGCUGUAAUAUCUAGAAGCUGCUUUAGUCUCUCACUGGCUGGCACUCUCUUAACUUAAACAUUUGAGUUUUUUAAACGAACAGUUUCUUCUUUACAUUGGCCAACAUGGUUUACUCCAGCGAUUUUUACACUAGCCGUAGGCCAGCCUAUUACAAGCCUUCAACAUCUUACUCAAUAUCACCCAUUUAUUCAUCUGAUGGAUACGAGAUACCGCCUUCAUACUACAAGGCUCAUCAAGUUUAUCAAACUAGUCCAUUUAUCAUGACACCUAUAACUUCAACAGCGAAACCAUCCUCAAAUGUUUUACCUUACAAUUAUAGGUAUAGACCAACUUCUGUACCUCAUUAUCACUACAGAAAUGGAGCUGCAAUUCAUGGUGUAUUAGACAAGAUUGAACACAAGCACAGAUCGCAUCCUGGUUACGAUGCAACUGAUGAAUAUUUAAAUACGAAGAGUGCCACGAAUUUUGAUGAUGUAACGAGGUCAAUACGGGCUCAAACUGCUGGAUUAUUAAAGCAAAUAUAUGCUCCAACAAUAAGACCAAAAUCUUAUUCUCAAUAUAAUACACAUACUGGUUAUAUGGAACUACCUAUAGCUGAGCGUAUUGAAUCUGACGCAUACAUUGAGGCCAUAUUGAGAGACUCUCAAAACCAUCAUUACGAUACCAUAGGUAAAGGUCAUCUUGCAUGCGUAACAUAUGCUGGUGGAAAAGCUAUUCCACGUAGAAGACCAAGAUUAUCUGGUGAUGCAGAAGUUGAUAAUAAUAUUAUCAUGCUUUCAUAUUAUAAUAAAACUAGAGAAGCUGUUGCAGCAUCUUCAGAUCGUCCUAAAGUAAAAGUAGACACUCCAGCAAAAACGUAUAAUCAACAUACUGAUGAAACAAGAAAAACAGUUCAGUUUGAAGACGAAAAAUCCUCAAAGACAGAAAAUGAUAAGCGAGCAGCAGAAGAAGUUGCAUGUAAAAAAGAAAAACGAUUGACAGAGGAAGCAAGAAAAGAAGAAGAAGAAAAAGAAAAAUUGUUGGCUGAAGAAGAAGCUCGCAAGGCGGAAGAAGAACGAUUAGAUGCAGAAAGAAAAGCUCGUAAAGAGGAGGAAGAAAGACUUGCUGCAGAAGAAAAAGCUCGUAAAGAGGAGGAAAAAAGACUAGCUGCAGAAGAAGCACGCAAAGAAGAAGAAGAACGAUUGGCUGCAGAAAAAGCACGCAAAAUUGAAGAAGAACGAUUAGCAGCUGCAGAAAAAGCACGCAAAGAAGAAGAAGAACGAUUAGCAGCUGCAGAAAAAGCACGCAAAGAAGAAGAAGAACGAUUAGCAGCAGAAGAUGAAGCACGCAAAGAAGAAGAAGAACGAUUAGCAGCAGAAGACGAAGCACGAAGAGUUGAAGAAGAACGAUUAAUUUUAGAAAAAUCUAAGGCUGUUACCGAAGACGUUUCCGAGGAAGAGACUGACGAAGAAGUGGAAGAAGAUACUAAAAUAGUUACUACAAAUGUUAGAAAUCAUUUAGGUAGUAGUUUAGCAAAUCAAAAUUCUGAUGCUUCAACUGAGCAUCACGAAGAGUCAUAUUCAACAUUGGAAGAAGUAGACGGCGGUACAGUUUCAACAACAGUCUUUAGACGGGCAACAAGGACUACCACGACGACCUCGUCAACUGUCGUACAUUCCGGAAAUGAAAAUGAUGAAAGUAGCGGUGUUGAAAUUGAAGAAGUAGUAGAAAAUGAAGAAGUUUCAGGGGAUGAACAUGCUGUAGCCGAUGGACAAGAAUGUGAGGACUUAGAAUCUUCCGAUGACGAGGAAGAAAUUAAGACCGAAGGAGGUGAAACAAAAACAGAAGAGGAAUACUUUGAAGAAGAAGAUGAUGAUGAAGAGGAAGAAGAAGAAGAAGAAGAAUAAUGAUAAAAAAAAUUUUUUCCAAUAUAUUCUAAGCAUAUUGUUAUACAAAAGCAUUUAUUUAAUUACUGUAACUUUCAUUAAUUAUUAAUGUUAUUGCAUUUUUACAAGAACAAAUUUUAUUUAUUUAUUUAUUUAUUUAUUUAUAACAGUAAAAUUUGUAAUAAUAUUAAUAUGAUAACUAUUGCAAAUAUUAUAAUAAUAUAAAAAAUAUAUUAUAAAUUUAA